UUUUUAUAUAAACAUAGACGUACACGAAUGUUUAGCUACAAAACAUAAAAUUCAUAAACAAUUAAAUGAUUUUAGAACAAUUUAUGUUGAUUUAUUUGAAGUAUUGGAAGUAAAAAGAGACAGAAAAGGAGUAAAAAUGACAAUAAAGACACUAAAGACUACAUCGAGCUGUAGUAUAAAUGUAAAGUCAAAUGCAAUAAGCAGUGAUAUGCCCUCUUUUAAGAGAACUGGUGCUGUAAAAAAUUUGUUUAACACAACCGUUGAUCGGGAGGAGCUACAACAGCAAUUAAAGAGCGUAGAUAGAAUUGGGAUGCGAGAGCUCGGCAAAUAUAAAUGUGAAUCAAAAAUAUUAGAGAUAAGACGAGAUGAUGAUCAUCAGGCUAGACGAUUAAAAUAUCAACCAGCAAAGGAGACAGACACAAAACGGUGUCACUCGACAAAGAGCACAUCACAAAGUACAUUACAUUCAAUGAUCUUCAAUCGGGACGAUUCCUCAUCGUCAUCAUCCUUUAAAUCAUCAUCAUUGCCAUCAACAUCAAAAAUGUUAUCAGUACAGAAAACAGCAACAUCGACAAAUCCCGCGCUUCCAAAAGGUCAAAGGACAAUAAAAGAUUACUAUCAAUCAGUUAAACGAAGUCGACAAAAUCGUUGAUGACAUAGAAGUUCUAUUUUAUGAAGAAAAGAAAGAAAGAAAGAAAAAAAAAAUAUAAAAAAAAAUCGUGAUCACCAUUGUAGAUUACCAAAGCAUUUGAAGCUAAUGUCGCAUAUUGAAAUAACUGAUAUUUCAUGGUGACAUCCCCAUCGAUUACAUUAUGCAAUAAAUUUGAAUCUUAUUAAUUGAUCUCAUCAUAAAAAAAAAAUAAUAAUGAUUUUGUGAUCUACAAUCGUCUUGGACUUGGGUGAUUUUUUAAUUUGUCUUACAAUAACGUACGCAUAUAUAUAUAUAGACUUAUAUUUAAUUAUUAAGAAGUUUUAAUGCUACAUACAUACAUCAUAAACAUCACUGCU